GUUAUGUGAGAACUAUUAGGUUAUGUCACUCGUUCCCUUUUGGUCUUGUUUUUAUUUUUACUUGUAUCCCUGACCCUUUCUCCUCCAAUCCCUAAAAUCAGUAAUUUAAUAAAAUGGACGACGAUUUGGAAGAUUUACCGCAGGACUUAGACGACAUAGAAAUCAUUUACUCAGACGGUGAACCCGAUGAGGACGAGGAACAACAUUUCAAUGCUGAAGAUCAGUUCGAGGAUCAGCAAGAAGAUCAAAUUGAGGCAGAAAUCAUCGAUAUAUCCAAGUUAACUUUCAGUAAGCACACAAAGUCUGUCUUCAACUGUGCAAUAAGCAAAGAUCAAAAGCUUGCCGUAACUGGAGGCGAGGAUGAUAUAGCUUACGUUUGGAGCACUGACACUGGCAAUGUUGUUUUUGAAUGUACCGGACACAAAGAUUCAGUUACUGAAGUAGGGUUCAAUUAUAAUGAUCAAUACAUUGCUACUGGAGAUAUGGCUGGAAUGAUACAGGUUUGGUCCAUAAAAGACCGGAAACUAGUAUGGUGCUUCGAGGGUGACGACAUGGAAUGGCUCACCUGGCAUCCGUUGGCCAACGUCUUACUAUGCGGUUGCCAAACUGGCGACAUCUACGUCUGGCAAAUCCCAUCUGGCAACUGUAAAGUACUGCCGGCUCCCAGUAACGUGUCCUCGACAUGCGGUAAAGUGCUUCCCAAUGGUAAGCAACUGCUCGCAGGUUACCAGGACGGUCAGCUGCGACUUUGGGACAUCAAAGAGAGCGCCGCGAUAUGGAUCAAUUCCGAUAACGACACGAUUAACGGACUGGACGUAAACGGCGACGCCUCUUUGGUAGUGACCACUCCCGCGGCACAAAUCGUUAAAAUAACCGAUGGAAAAUCCAUUGGAAAAGUUUUGCUGGAUGGCGAAACUGAAAUUGAGUCCGCGUUGUUUAAUAACAGUUUGGGUGUGGUGGUUACCGGGUCGUUGUCAGGUCAAUUGUGCGUGUGGCAACUGGGAAAGUUCGUUUUAAGGCAUCAGGCGAAAAUUGAAUGUUCGGUGACCCUGUUAAAAGCGGGAAGUGAGAAUAAGGUUUUUGUUGGUGCGACCGAUGGCGCUGUGUAUGUUUGUGAUGUGAAAUCCGGUACGCUUAUUGAGGUUCUCACUGGGCACAGGACAGAUAUUUUAAGUAUUGCUCCGUUUGCUGACGGUAAUAGGGUCCUUACGACUUCUGAUGAUGGAACGGCUAAAAUAUUUCAUAUUUCUUGAAAAGAAUAUAUCUAAGAUGUAAUUAAUAUAUUAAGUUUUAUACAGAAUAUUUCUUGAUACUUGUAGUAAGAAAUAAUAUACUUUUUAGGUUUAUCGGUAAAGUUUUCGGUAACUGAUUAGUUAAGGUCUUAAAUAAAUCAAUUGUUUUAUACAAAUAA